GCUUGGCUCGGUCCCGCCUCUGCCGCGGUGGUGUGUGGGUGUGUACUCGGUGGGCCGGGGGAUGAAGGCCGCUCAGCAGCUGAUGAAAGUGUUCGUGACUCGCCGGAUUCCUAAGGACGGUUUGCAGGUUCUGUCCGAGUCCGGGAUUUGCAAUAUUCAACAAUGGGACUCUGAUGAGCCAGUUCCAAAGGAAGAGUUGCUGAAGGGGGUUAUAGGAGCACAUGGCCUUUACUGUAUGUUGUCGGACAAAAUCGAUCAUGAGGUUUUACAAGCAGCAGGUCCAAAUUUGAAAGUCAUCAGCACAUUGUCUGUUGGAUUUGACCAUCUCUCUAUAGAUGAAAUUAAAAAGCGGGGAAUCCGAGUGGGUUACACCCCUGACGUCCUGACCGAUGCCACUGCUGAACUCACCGUGGCUUUGCUCCUGGCAACAUCUCGUCGUCUGAUGGAGGCAACAGAGGAAGUGAAAAAUGGUGGAUGGACAACUUGGAAACCCCUUUGGAUGUGUGGUUAUGGACUGUCCGGCAGCACUGUGGGAAUUGUGGGCUUAGGAAGAAUAGGCCUUGCAAUUGCACAGCGUCUGAAGCCAUUUGGAGUGAAAAAAUUUGUCUACACUGGACGUCAGCCUCGGCCUGAAGCUGCUGCCCAGAUUCAGGGUGAAUAUGUACCCCUGAAUAAGUUAGCUGAAGAAUCUGACUUCGUCGUCAUAUCGUGUUCCUUCAGUCCCGAAACAAAGGAUAUGUGUAAUGCUGACCUGUUUUCCAAAAUGAAGAAGACAGCAAUUUUUAUCAAUACAAGCAGAGGAGCUGUAGUGAACCAGGAUGAUCUUUAUCAAGCUCUCUCUGCUGGUCAGAUUGCUGCAGCAGGACUGGAUGUCACGGUUCCUGAGCCGUUACCCACUGAUCACCCUCUGCUGUCAUUGAAAAACUGUGUUAUACUGCCUCACAUUGGAAGUGCCACUUAUGCGACCAGAAACACCAUGUCUGUCCUAACAGCUAACAACCUCCUGGCAGGACUCAAAGGAGAGCAAAUGCCAAGUGAACUCAAACUCUAACUGGAUUCACAUUGUCUAAUGUUUGCACAUUUACUUGAUUCUUCUCUCAGUAAAGGAUGAUAAAGUUAAGUGAAUUUCUUGCAGAAAUAUUGUUCAGACAGUGGUUUUAAGAGGGAUAAACUUGGAAGUUAGCCUUAAGUUGAAGAGUGAAAUGGGUGUGUUUUAUGAACAAUUUACCUCGAAGAGAGAAUCAUUCUGUUUACUAUUCAUGGCAACUAUUAAUUACACGUCAUAGUGUAUAUGAAGUGACUAACUUAUUCAUCUGGUUAUGCACAAUGUAUUGGAAGGAUUGAAAGGGUAUGAUGUAUCUUAUGACCUUCAAUUUGAUGAAUUGUGCAUUAUGCAAAUUAUUUAUGCCAUAUAAUUUAAUCAUUCACCAUGCUAUUCUGUUUUUGGUAAAUAGUUGAUGUUCUCUUCCAAACAACACUCUCCAAUAUCUUUCUGUAAUUGCAAAUUAGAGGACAUAUUGAUUAAAUUAGAGAAGAAAUGUGAAAAUAUUGACUAUUUCAUAUCUACCAUUUAGAUUGCAGCCCUGUGACCAUGGUGUUUAGUGCAGCAGGCCAGGCAGCAUCCGAGGAGCAGGAGAAUCGACGU